UGCCACUGGGGACAUGAAGUUGAGCCGAAGCUUCCGAAUAAUCAUGAAUGCUAUCGCAUUGUCCGGAUCCAGACGCUACCAUAUCGCACAUGGUCCGCCUCCUUGACCAUGGCACAGACCGACGAAGUCCAAUGGAGCCGUUCUCAAUUUCCAUGGCAGACGAUUCCACGCGCCUGUCAGGAAUGCCACCGGAAGAAAACGAAAUGCGAUAUGUCACGGCCGGCCUGUGGACUGUGUCGUCGGACUGGCAGCAAAUGUUACUUUCCCAUCAAGCGAAAGCCUCCAUCUACCAGCAACAAGAGACGGAAAACCGGCCUGCGUGAGGUGGAAGGCAACAUGGAUCGGCUGCUGAGCGUCCUCAAGUCUCCCCGCGCUACCUACCUGCUUCGCGAACAUGGCCUUGUCCCAAAUCCGUCGCCGAGUCCGGGUGAAAUCCGUGAUCAUGAUCUCGUGUCGAAUCUGUCUCCUAGAUCUGGUGACGCUCGCCAUCAUGGUCUCGUUUCGAAUCUAUCUCCUACGGCCGGUGACGCAGUUGCCCCAGACGUUGUUUUGGCCGACUCGCCAUCGCAAUCAGACUUGGAAACCGUUUUCGCCCAUGAUCUCGCGAGCCUGGACGGCUCAUCAGUGAGCGUGAGCCAGUUGGACAAUGGCACUGGCGAGAAUGUGGCAGGAUCGGAUGUCCCCGCUUCGACCAACAAGCAAGCACAGGCCCCAACCAAGUUGACCACCGAAGCACGCGUGUCCUGUGAUGUGGCAAUGCACUUGGUGGAAGUAUUCUUUCUGCAUAUCCAGCCAUGGCUGCCACUUCUCCACCGGCCUCGCUUCACGGCGUACUGUUCUCAGCAUCUCAGUCACGAGCCCGAUGCUCUGUCUAAGUUGCCUGUCGACAUGAAACUAUUGCUCUACAGUCUUUUUGCCCUGUCUGCGCGCCACUCUAAUUCACCUCAUUUCGACCUCAUCGAUCCGCGAGACCGAGAUGAACCGUUUAUGAAGGCAGCACGCCAUGCCUAUGCCGAGGCACGAUCCACCAAAAUAUCUUCACUACAGUAUGUGCAAGGUUGCAUCUUGCUCGCUUUCAACGACUACACCUCGGAGCUGAAUGCUCAAAGCUGGAUCCUCACUGGCGUUUGCGUCCGGCUGGCCUACGAAAUGGAACUGUUCGAAAUCGACGACCCCGAUUCUGAAGAUCCGCAACUGGACUCAACACAGAAGGAGGAGAUGCGUCGCGCCUGGUGGCUGAUAUGGGAGCUGGACACGUUCGGCUCCAUGGUUAGCCAAAGACCAUUCGCAGUGGACCGUCACCAGUUUUCUGUCAACCUGCCAGUAUCGGACAACGCCUGGUUCUCCGGAAAUAUGUGUCAAUCUGCCCUGCUUAUGACAUCUCAUCAUCAGUGUUGGAAAUCCCUCCAGGCUGCAGAGAAUCAGGAUCCUCGCGCAUGGUUCUUAGUGGCCAACCACCUUCUUUCACUGGUCUAUCAAGAACUGAAUAAAAAAAAGCAAGACCUCACGGAAGUGAAAUAUGUCUUAGAAGUUAGUGUGAACUGCUUCAGACUCUCACUGCCUCCCGAGUUCAACAUUUCGACCAACCUGCCGACAUUCGACCAACAAUCAUUUGGGACCUCUAAUUGGAUCAUGGGGACCCAUCUGCUCCUGAACCAGGCAUACGCAAUGAUUGAGAUGAUGCCACUUAACAACGAUGAAGGGCCGAGCUCUCUUUCCUGCUCAAGCCAAGUUGUCGAACAUGCCAGCAGUGCACAUGCAAAGUCGUUUACGCGAAUCAUUACGCGAUGGCCAACAGACUAUCUUGUGGCAGCGCAUCCUUUUUUUCUUUGCAUGAUGCUACCUAUCCAUUUUCCAAUGGAUAUCUCAACAGCCCUGGCAAAAGUGGCGAGAGAUUUUGAGGCUAUAGGGCGAUUGGCAGAACUGAUCUUCGCCCAUUUUGCCGGGAAGUGGAAACUUGCAUCUGAAACAUUAGCUGUACUCCAGAUGAUGUGCCUCCAGGGCGGCGGCACGGCAGACCAUGCGCUUGUCAAGCGCUUCUCUGUGUUCUUUCCGAGGCGCAAGGGGGCUGGCAGCAAUCGUCCCUCGAACGUGUCCCAGCCCGGCACCCAAGUACAUGGUCUCGACUACGCUGAAACAGUGCUCGAGGGAUACAAUUUUUUUGGACAAAUCGACUGGCCUGCUGAUAUUGAUAACAUGAACGAGAUUCCCCCUUCCUUAGAGGACAAGUAUAGCCAGCUUCCGGGACCACCUGAGGCGCCAGCAUACGAGCAGCCUUUGCAUGAACGUAGAACUCCCGUGCUUUCUGCAGACUUUCAGUUAUAAUGCAGACUGGUGGGGGGGUUUAUACCAGUACAAGUAAGGGUCUACAUGAUUCCAGGCAGUAUCUCCGGGGUUGAAGGCUGGUACUCAGGUCAGGACAUGAUUGGGGACUCCCCCAGUCUGUAUUAUAUCUUAAAUUCUACGGUAAUUCACCGCCUGUUGAUCAAGCAACAGGAGUUCAGUGACCUAGUUGGCUCUACUCUUGUACCCAGACCGAACCGUAUCUAGGACAAACUAGUUGACAUGACUAAUAGAACAUCAAAAAUUCCAUUCCAUUCUCUGGAAACCCCCCAAAAGCACUUCAGAGCUUGCUUUGCGCUGCUUCCGCGGCGCCGAGCCUGAAGUUCUCAUAUUCCUUCAGACACUCUGGAUUUAUCGCGGUUCGCGCUUCACCGACGGAUUUCCCGGCCACAAUAUCCCUCACUAGAUUCUCAAUACGCUUUCCGUUCACGGUAUAGGGAAUACCGUGCACCUCGUG